AUGCAGAUAAAACUUCCUAUACACACUGGACAAAAACUACCGGCUGUGUCGGCUGCUGACACCGACUAUACAUGGGUCGUAUCCUCCCACCGGCCGCCGCUGGCUGCCUACGAGAGUAUCUACCGGCAGAUCCAUACCAACCCCGAACUAUCAGGGCAAGAAUCACAAACCGCCCGGCUCGCCGUCACACAUCUGAGAUCCCUGUCUGCUUUUACCGUGCACGCCAAUGUCGGCGGGCAUGGCGUUGUCGGCCUCUUGCGCAACGGGCCCGGCCCAACUGUCCUUCUGCGGGCUGAUAUGGACGCAUUGCCCAUGCUCGAAAAGACCGGGUUGCCCUAUGCAUCCACCAAACGCAUGAUCGAUACGGCAGACGGAGUUGAAAAGCCCGUCAUGCAUGGCUGCGGACACGACGUCCACGUAGCAUGCCUGAUGGCUGCUUCGACGCUGCUUCAUUCCGCGCGCCGGCAUUGGUCUGGGACGCUGAUCACUGUGUUCCAACCGAGCGAAGAACGCGCAGGCGGUGCACAGGGUAUGGUUGAUUCGGGGCUGUACAGUAAUCUUGUACCAAAACCAGACUAUGUACUCGCUCAGCACGUCUCGCCCAUGCCCGCGGGCACGGUGGGCGUUGUCUCGGGACCCUGUCUUGCAGCAAACGAUACUUUGAAUGUCCGCAUCAAGGGCCGUGGCGGCCACGGAUCUGCGCCGCAGCGAUGCAUUGACCCGGUUGUUCUAGGCUGCGGCAUUGUGACAAAAUUGCAGACGAUUGUCAGUCGUGAAGUUGCGCCAGACGAGACGGCAGUCGUGACGUGUGGCAGCAUCCGGGCCGGGGAUGCGCCCAACAUCAUCCCAGACUAUCUGGAUUUCAGUGUUAGUAUUCGCACAUUUAACCAGAGCGUUCGCGAAAAGAUUCUUGCUGCGGUGAAACGCAUUGUCGAGAAUGAAUGCAAGGCUGCAACGGACGGAGUUGCUGGAGAAGAUGAAGAUCUCACCCCGGUGAUUACACACGACGACCCUUACCCACCGACUAUCAACUCGCCCGAACUAGCAUCAAGCCUGUCAACUGCAUUCGCAGACUAUUUCGGUGCCCGGAGAUGUGUGCCAAUAACGGCCCAAAUGGCAUCGGAAGAUGUAUCGGUGUUUGCCACUGCUGUCGGCGCCCAACUGUGCAUGUGGGUGCUUGGAGGCACCGAUCUGAAGAAAUGGAAGGACGCCGAACGCAGAGGGAGACUGGAGGAGGAAAUCCCCGGUAAUCAUUCGAGCGGUUUUGGCCCCGUGAUCCAGCCGACUAUCCUCACAGGCACAGAUGCUUUGGCAGUGGCUGCACUGAGGGCUUUUGAUAGCAGUACAUAG